UCUUUUUAUGAAGGAUCUUUGUUUUACCCGCAUAGUAAAAUAUUUUUAUUGCUGAUAUCAAAACUGAAAAGAAGUUUUUCCUGAUGAAAAAAACAACAAUUUAAGAACUCAAUAAAAUAAUUUAGUUUAAAAAACUGUCUACCUAUAAAAGAACUAAAUACAAGUACCUAUAAAAAGAAAAGUUUCAACUCUCUUGACUUUUAAAACACAAAAAUAUAACUAAACAAAACAUGACUACGACAACUACUGUGUCUGAAUCUAUUGAUACCAAUCUUCUUAUCAAUUGCACAUUAUUGGCAGUAAAUCGAUUUGCGUUACUGAAAAACUUCAAUGGCACAAAAAUAAAUAAAUUAAAUCGUUCAGAAGUUGUAAAUUAUUUGUCUGAAAUAUUGGAUAAUGAAAAUAAAUAUUCUUAUUCCAAGGAAGCCAAGGACUUUUUUACGGAGUGCUUAUUUCCUUCUCCAACGCGACCUUACGAACUGCCUUGGGAACAAAAAACCAUUUGGGCAUUUAUAUUUGGAGUUAUGAUCUUUGUAGCUGUUUUUGGUAAUUGCAUCGUUCUAUGGAUUGUAGCAGGACACCGGAGCAUGCGAACUGUAACCAAUUACUAUCUCUUGAAUCUAAGCAUUGCGGAUUUACUAAUGUCAUCAUUAAACUGUGUUUUCAACUUUAUAUUCAUGCUUAAUUUUGAUUGGCCUUUUGGAUCUAUUUACUGCACAAUAAAUAAUUUUUUAGCUAAUGUAACGGUUUCUUCGUCUGUAUUUACUUUAGUAGCAAUUUCUUUUGACAGAUACAUUGCAAUUGUCCAUCCAUUAAAAAGACGUACUUCCCGAAGAAAAGUUAUGAUAAUUUUAUUUCUUAUAUGGACACUUGGCUGUGUCAUAGCGGCACCAUGUUUAAUGUAUUCAAAUACAAUGACAAAAAAAUACUACAACGGAAAAGCUCGCACGGUUUGUUUUAUGAUGUGGCCUGACGGAUGAUAUCCCACAUCGAUGUCUGAUUACAUAUAUAAUAUUGUGAUACUCGUUUUUACAUAUGUGAUUCCAAUGUUCGUGAUGAUGCUAUGCUAUUUCUUAAUGGGUCAAGUUCUGUGGGGAAGCAGAUCGAUUGGCGAAAAUACUGAACGACAAAAUCAAGCGAUGAAAUCAAAAAGAAAAGUUGUUCGGAUGUUUAUAGCGAUUGUUUCAAUAUUUGCUAUAUGUUGGCUUCCUUACCACAUGUUUUUCAUUUACUCGUAUCAUAAUAACCAGAUAACAUCGACGAGAUAUGUCCAACACAUGUAUCUAGGAUUUUAUUGGCUAGCGAUGUCUAAUGCUAUGGUAAAUCCGAUCAUAUAUUACUGGAUGAAUAAAAGGUUUCGAAUUUACUUUCAGAAAAUAAUUUGCUGUAUGGUAUGCGAUCAAAAACAGCAAAUCAGAUCAUCAAAACACACAAACAAGGAACUUGUUAAAAAAAUACAACGUGAUACAAAAAUCAAAUCGAAGUGGAAAAGAAGCACACUGGAAAUUCAGAUUCAGGCUGCUCAAGUGUCUGAAGGUCAUCCCGAUAACAAAAGUAAUAAUUUCGUGAAAUGCAAUUUACAUGAAAGAGGCUUUGCGCUGUAUAUUUCCUCCGAUAAAGAAAAAGAUCAGAAUUUAAAGUCUGAAUAUAUUUAUCCAAAUGAAGAUAACCUAAUAAAGGUGACAGUAGGAUAGAAAAAAGGGUUCUAUUAUUUUUUUUUACAUAAGUAUAUAUGAAAAUACUACAUUAGAAGAGGUAUUCAUAUUCAUACAAACAAUGUUGUAAAUUCUUGGUUAACAUUUUAAAACGAUAAAAGUGAUAAACGAGCUGUCAAAUCCAUACAAAAUUUUGACACACUUACCAGGUUUACCUAGAGUUUACACCGUUUCAUGAAUUACCCUUUUAUUAUAAUAAAAAUAUAAAGGAGAUGGGGCAAAAUU